CAGAGCUAAACUUCAGACGGACAUGUUUCUGUCUGUUAUUAUUUCUGCUUUGCUCUUUUGUUGUCUUGUUCAAGUCGUGAUGUCCAAAAACAAACUGACCUCUGUGGAUUUUGAGAUUUUUGGGAAAGUGCAGGGUGUUUGCUUCAGAAUGUACACGGAGGAUCAGGGUCAGUCUCUGGGUCUAAGUGGUUGGGUGAAGAACACCAAACAGGGUACCGUGAUUGGACAAAUCCAGGGACCACCUGAUCAAGUCCAUGACAUGAAACUGUGGCUGACGAAUGUUGGCAGUCCGAGCUCUCGGAUCGACCGAACCAUCUUCUCCAACCAGAGAGACAUUUCUAAACUGGAGAUCCACGGCUUCUCCACCCGCUACUGA